UGUAACUUGCUUUAUCGCUUUUCAUAUUUUAACAACAACGCAAAUAUAUUUUGACAGAGAAUAAGUGCAGUUGCAUUUUAUAUUUUCAACGAAGUUAAGAUAAUGUGAAUUGCUGACCUUUGGUUGCAGCUACAAUUGUGAAAUUUGAGAUCAAAUUACAAGAAUCAAAACAAAAAAAUUAAAUACUAAAAAAUUGAUUAUUCUUCGAAAAUAGCUGCAACAUAUUACAAAUCUUCAAAAGCGACAGAAAACGUGGAACAGUCGUAAGAAGACACAGUCUUGGGUUGAAGUUGGAAACUUUGUCACUUUAGAAGUAUUGACAUUCAAACAAAAUGCCUAUUCUAUACAGCGUAAUAUCUCGGGGCAGCACCGUACUAGCUAAAUAUGCAGAGUGUGUGGGAAACUUCGCCGAGGUCACCGAACAGAUAAUCUCUAAAAUCGCCAUGGAGAAUCACAAAUUGACAUAUUCGCAUGGCGAAUAUUUAAUACAUUAUAUAUGUGAAAAUCGCAUAAUCUACAUGUGCAUCACAGACAACGAAUUUGAUCGUACACGAGCCUUUUUAUUUCUGGCUGACAUUAAACAGAAGUUUAUACAUACUUAUGGACUACAAGUGGCGACAGCUAUUGCCUAUGCAAUGAAUACGGAAUUUUCGAAGGUACUGGCGGAACAAAUGACACAUUUCAGUCAGUCGCGGGAGGUGGACAUGAUUUCGCGAGUCCAUGGCCAAAUUGACGAAUUAAAAGAUAUAAUGGUGAAGAAUAUAGAUAGUCUUCGUGAUCGAGGUGAAAGAUUGGAAUUGCUUGUGAAUAAAACGGAAAAUCUUAGUAAUAAUUCUGUUGCAUUCCGUAAGGCAUCACGUAAUUUGGCACGACAAAUGUUCUGGAAAAAGGUUCGCAUCUAUGUAGUGGUGGUGUUAAUAAUAAUAUUUGUAAUCUAUGUGAUUAUAAGUAUGUUCUGCGGUGGUCUGGCCUGGCAGAGUUGUGUUGCAAACUGAAAUACACCAAAAGUUUUCCAUGCAAAUUUAUUCUAAAUACCAUACGUAUUUACAUUUUGAAUAUCACAUAUUUAUAUUAAACUAAA